UAGAGCAGGCCUGAGGUGAGGGAGCUAGGACUUCUAGUUCUUGAGCUUUCUGACAAACACUUUUCUGAGGAGGUGCAUCCAGACUCUAGAAGCACUGGCAGCAGGGAAUGACCAUGGAGAAGCUGCUGUGGUGUUUUCUGGUGUGGAUCAGCUUCUCUAAUGCUUUUGGCCAGAAAGACAUGUCUAAGAAGGCCUUUGUAUUUCCUAAAGAAUCGGAUAAUUCCUACGUAUCCUUGAAAGCAGAGUUAAAGAAGCCACUGAAAGCCUUCACCUUGUGCUUCCACAUCUACACUGAACUGGCCAAGACACGAGGAUACAGUAUUUUCUCUUAUGCUACCAAGAAACAAUUUAAUGAUAUCCUUGUAUUUUGGUCUUUUGGUAGAGGAUAUCUUAUUUCAGUGGGUGGGCCUGAAAUAUUUUUCAAUGUUCCUGAAGUGACUAUGACUCCGGUACACAUUUGUGUUAACUGGGAGUCCAUCACAGGGAUUGUAGAGCUCUGGGUGGAUGGGAAGCCCAGGGUGAGGAAGAGUCUGAAUAAGGGAUACUCAGUGGGGACAGAGGCAAUAAUCAUCCUGGGACAGGAUCAAGAUUCAUUUGGUGGAGGCUUUGAUGCAAACCAGUCUUUGGUGGGAGACCUUGGAGAUGUGAACAUGUGGGACUUUGUGCUGACUCCAGAUCAGAUCAAUAUGGUGUAUGUUGGUGGGACCUUCAGUCCCAAUGUCCUGGACUGGCGAGCGCUGAAAUAUGAAGCACAUGGUGAGGUGUUCAUCAAGCCCCAGCUGUGGCCAUGAGGCCCUGCCAUGAGUUCUGAAUGUGGAUCCUGGGGACCACACCUCAUGGGCCCCCUGUUUGUUGCUAUGAAUCUUUGUCCCCAUCCAUGCUGAAGGUCUGCUCUGUGUCUGCUCUUUAAACAUUUACUUCCCUGCUUUGUCUUCCUCAGCACCAGGGGACAGAAUUUAAUUGUCUGGCUUAGGAACUUAUUACCCACGUUGGGGAACUUUGUCCAGAAGAAUCACGAUUGUAGAUGUUUUUGUUUAUAUAUUUAUUUUUUAAGUGAAAGGACUUUAGAGAUCAUCUCUUACCCUCACAUUGAUGAGAAAAUUGACAUCCAGAAAGGAGAAGUGAAUUUGUAAAAAGUCACAGGGCAAGUACAUCUCUGAGAUGGGAAUUGUGUGCUGAUCUUCUAAUCUAAUUGCCUACCCAGAGUCCCCCAGAAAGUAGGAGGUACCUUCCCACAUUCACAGGGCUCUUCUAUCUCAGAGCUAGGACAUUGACUGAGGUUUUCUGGAUUUGGUGUUCAGAAUGCUCAUCACUGUAUCAUGGGUCUAGAUCUUCUGAAGUGGAAAAUCCAUUAGUACUGUGCAUUUCCUCCACUUCUUCCAAGUACCCUGUAAAGGCAGUUCAAAUUGUCAUGGCAGAGAAAACUUGGCUUCUUUCCUGGACAAAAUGAGACAUACAGGUAUAGUUAUUUCAGUUAUUACUGCCUAGGACUUAUGUAACAAUAGUUUUAUUUGCUUAUAAUGUCUUCUUGAUUUUAUGUGUUUUCUGGGAAAUUCUUUUUCUACUUCAUGUGUGGAGCUACACCAACCCCCAUUACCAACAUAGCCAGAAUGGGCUUGUGACCUAAGCUGUCCUAUCAGAGUAUCAAUGACUCCCUUUCCUUGGGUGUGUGUGGGGGCGUUGUUUUUGGUUGCUUUGAAGUUCCAAAAAGGACAAAUUAUAAUCCUUCCUAUUAUUGUAAGAGUUGAGAGGCUUACAGAAUAAUGCAGAAUUGACUAUAUCGAGUCUCUAAACCAAUUUUUUUCUGGAAAAGAAUUUGCAC